AUGCAAGUGCAGUUGAGUUUUGUGGUGUUGCUCUUUCUGAUGUGCAGCGGACUCUGUUCAGAUGCUGGUCUGGGAAAGGAGGCGAUGGAAGAGGAGAUGCUGAGCAGUCUCUUUACUUCAGAGGUACAGGAGAGUAGACACAACACCCCCCUGUGGCAGCUGCCGGUCCUUAACCUGUGCCGGAUGCUCGAGAGGGUCAGUGAGCCCAGACAGGAUGACUGGCAGAUUGAUGGAAUCCCUGCAGACGACAGUCAGAUAAUUUCUUCUGCCAUGAACCAGAAUUUGUACGAGCUGCUGAUCCUCUGCAGAGUCCUUCAUCCCAGACAGCAAUCCCAAGAAUACUUUGAAGAGGACCAAAACAGCGAGAGUCCGCUGAAGAGAAAAUCUCCAUAUAUCCUGAAGAGGCAGCUGCACACCAAGAAACCUCGGCGACCAUAUAUCCUGAAGCGAGGUUAAUUUUACUAGCAUCUAAAAUCACCAAUAAAAAGACACUUUACAUUUUGUGAAUAUAUUGCUAUUUUCAAAGUAGUAAUAUCAAAGCAGUAUUCAUAGGUUCAUGUGUUCAUUUUGGGCUUUUUAGCAAACUGUUGCACUGUGUAAAUAAAAAAAAGAAGCAAGUAAGUACUUUAUGUUCCACUAAAAGCUUAUUAUACUGUAUUUGUUUGAUGUAUAUUUGUUUAGAAUUAUGAUUACAAUUGCAUAUGC